CCUACAUCUACCCUGAGACAGAGAACUGCGGCGAAAGCCCAGGCUGAGAAUAAGGCUAACAGAGAAGCCUAAAGAGCCAAGCACGCGGGUGUAGGGGCUGAGCCAGCUCUGGUCUCUGUGGCUGGCAUGGAAGCCCCAGGCAGGAGCCAGCAGAUCAAGCACAAGAAGGGGCAGCCCAGCAGUGGCCUGGUGCAGGAUAGCAGUCCAGUUGCUGCGCCUCUAACUUGCACAGUGCCAGCAGACCUGAGCCUACAGCCCUGCAGGAGGCUAUCUGGAAUAGGACUUGGGAGGCCCAGGCUCUCCCCGCAGGGACAGAGGGGUCGCCAACAUUCCCGGCGCCGCCACCGCACUACCUUCAGCCCAGCCCAGCUGGGACAGCUGGAGUCAGCCUUCGGAAGGAACCAGUACCCUGACAUCUGGGCCCGAGAGAGUCUUGCUCAGGACACGGGCCUCAGUGAGGCCAGAAUCCAGGUCUGGUUCCAGAACCGCAGAGCUAAACAGCGCAAGCAAGAGCGUGCACUGCUCCAGCCACUGGCCCACCUGUCUCCUGCCACUUUUUCAGGCUUCCUGCCGGAGGCCUCUGUGUAUCCCCCUUCCUACCCAGUGCCGCCUCCACCUGUGGCCUGCUGUCCUCACCCUUACAGCCACGCCCUAUCCUCCCAGCCCUCUGCAGGGGGCUCCUUGGCUCUGCCGCACCAGCCUGAUGAUUGGUAUCCCACCUUGCACCCUGCACCUACAGCUCAUCUGCCCUGUCCCCCACCUCCACCCAUGCUGCCUCUAAGCCUUGACCCACCCAAGUCGUGGAACUAAGCUCUACCCAGGACCCUGAGAAAAUCUGAGAACAGUGGGCGUUCUCUUUUCCUUCUGGGAUGGGGAAGGGGGAAGCUUGGCGGGGCUACUAGGAG